AUGGGUAGUAGUGCCAAGCACAGCUCGGCUGAUUUUCACAGCAUCAUGGCAAACACGGCUGGCUGCGGCGCCCCCAUCGAGUCAAGCACCGCCGAGUACAAUGAUUCAGAGUUUGUUUUGCAUCCACCAACCCCUAUGAGCUACUCUCCUGCAGUGUCAAUUGUUUCCAACAAGAUUGGUCCCCAAUUCCACAAUGUCAGCUGUGAUGACACAUCAGCUGGUUGGCGCCUAAUCAGUGCGGCGGAGCACCCAAAGACCGACUCUGAUGUAACUCUCAGCUACAUAGAACAUAUGUUGAUGCAGGAAACCGAUGACAAGGUGAGAGCACCUCAUGGCGAGACUGCCAUCAGAACCGUGGAGGAGCCCUUCUAUGAACUUCUUGGACAAAAGUAUCCAGUUUUGCCUGACAUAUUAUCACCUUGUGGCUGUGAUCGCCUCAAGAACCUAAAUGGCAAUGUCAGCAGGCUUAAUGGAAAGUUAUGCAGCAAUUGCUCUUUAUAUAUCAGCUCAGAUGAUUAUCACCCCAAUGAAAACUCACAAGCAUCUCAGGCUCCAUGGACUUUAUCCGCCAUUGUUGGAGAGGCAAACAAAAUCCCUCUGGGUGCCGAAAGAAUGGAAAUUGGUUUGAACAUCAAUGGCCUGUCCAUUGCAGAAAAACCUAGCCGAGAUAAUCAUUCACCUCAUAUGAAUGAGAAAGAAACAAUCAAGGAUGCAUCAUCUGAAGUUCGAGGCCGAAAAGUUUUCCCAGAUAAAGAAGAUCUUGAUUUGUUAGAAGGAAGGAGAAGCAAGCAGACUGCUAUUUUUUCUGAUGAGCCGAUCCGAAAUGAGGCAUUCGACAAGGUUCUACUUUGCUGUGAGCAUCAACUCGUCGUAGAUGAAGGUAUUAUUCUGCAGCAAACCAUGGCGAAUACAUCCACCAAGUAUGCACUGAAAGACCAAGGGAAAAAAUUGGCUACGCAAACUACCAGAGGAAUAACACGGAGGAAGAAAGAGGUGGUGGAUCUCAGAACUCUCCUUAUCCAUUGUGCAGAAGCAGUAUCUGUGAACAACCAUAGCUUAGCAAGUGACAUACUUAAAACCAUAAGACAACAUUCUUCACCAAGUGGGGAUGAUACCCAAAGGCUAGCGUUUUACCUAGCAGAAUGCCUGGAGAUAAGAUUGUCUGGAAAUGGGAGUCAGAUAAACCAGAACUUCAUUGCUACACCAAGGAAUGCAGCAUAUAUUCUAAAGCUAUUCCAUCUUGGUUUGAAAGUAUCUCCUUACCUGAGAUCAUCAUAUUACUUCUCGAACAAAACUAUCAUUGAUGUCUCAAAGGGAAAGCCAAAAGUGCACAUUAUCGAUUUUGGCAUUUGCUUUGGUUUUCAAUGGCCAUCAUUAUUGAAACAGUUUGCAGAUAGAGAAGGUGGUCGGCCUAACCUUCGGAUUACAGGCAUAGAGCUACCAACGCCAGGUUUCCGGCCAGAUGAAAUCAAUAACAACACACGGCUACGAUUAAUUGAAUAUGCUGACAUGUUCAAAGUACCUUUUGAAUACCGGCAGAUCUCAUCAAAAUGGGAAUCCAUCACCAUCAAAGAUUUGAACAUUGACAAAGAUGAAUUGCUCGUAGUCAACUGCAUACACCGAAUGAAGAAUCUUGGUGAUGAGACAACAUCCAUCAAUAGCGCCAGGAAUAGGGUGCUCAAUAACAUAAGGAUGAUGAAGCCAAACAUCUUCAUCCAUGGAGUUGUUAAUGGAUCUUACAACACCCCCUUCUUUUUAUCACGGUUUAAAGAAGUCAUGUACCGCUAUACUUCACUGUUUGAUAUGAUUGACAAAACUACUCCACGAGAUAACGAGACAAGAAUGAUCCUAGAGAGGGAUAUAUAUAAAUAUGAAAUUCUCAAUGCCAUUGCAUGUGAAGGAUCGGAAAGGAUUGAGAGGCCCGAGAGUUACAAGAUAUGGAAGGUAAGAGGCCUCAGGGCCAGGUUUGAGCAGCUUCCACUGAAUCCAACCAUUGUUGAUGGAAUACAGCAUAUUGUGAGACAGAUUUAUCACAAAGAGGUUUUUGUGGACGAAGAUGACCAAUUCCUAGUGUUGGGAUGGAAGGGAAGGAUACUCUAUGCAUUAUCCACAUGGAAACCAAGUGAGAUUGACAAUGAAGGCACUGAUGAUAUUUGA